AUGAUUUAUGAUUUCUAUCUGAAUAACAAGUAUGAACCGAUUACAUUGACAUGUUAUACUCAUUUACAAUGCAAUCGAGGUCCAGCCCCAUCAUGUCUCGAUUGGAGUGAAAUUUGUGAUGGAAAAGUCGAUUGUUUCGAUGGUGGGCAUGAUGAAGAACAUUGUUGGCAGCUAGAAAUCAAUGAUUGUGCAGAAAAUGAAUAUCGAUGUAUCAAUGGACAAUGCAUACCGGAUGAGUUUUUUCGUGAUAAUCCUGCCGCUUUCGAAUGUCUCGAUGGAGCAGAUGAAGCUAGAAAAUUUGACGACAAACGUGCAAAAUGUUCCCUAUCUGAACCAACAUUCAUGUGCGAAGAUGUCGCAUGUGUGUUUAACAUUCAAUUUUAUGUAUCACCUCUAACAAGUUCAUAUGUGAAACAACGCACCGAUCUACUAUUACAAGCGAUGUUUUUGAAUAAACCAACGUUCAUAUCUGAUGAGUGCUGGUUCACAUUUAUGUGUGCUCUUCAAAUGCCUCAUUCAUGGACUAACAGCAACUAUUCAUGUACUACUCUUUGUGAGAGAGGAAAUUGUAAUGAACCAAUAAAGAAUUAUUGUCCAAAUAUGAUAUUCGUACCCGCUGAGCCUGUAUUAUUCGGUGAUAUCUACUUUGCUUAUACCAUUAAGGAUAGAACAUACACAACGCGAGUACCUUCGCAGCCUACAUACGUGUGCUAUACUGGUGAAUUUUGCAAGGAAUUCUUUCCUAAUCGUUCAUCAGUCUCCUUCAAUAAUGCUACAUGUAUGCUUCCUAAUGAUCUUCGACUAGCUUUCAUCCCAGGAAGAGCUCCAUGGAUGCAUCUAUAUGUCAAACCUACGCACGAACAAUUAUGGACAUGCAAUGCAAUGAUUAGAAAUGAUUCACCAUUAUGUAACAGAUCGAAUAUGUAUCAAUGUCGUAACUCAUCUAAAUGUAUUUCAAUUUAUCGGUUGAAUGACGGCGUUCGAGAUUGUCAUUAUAAUGAUGAUGAACAACUGACUAUGGUGAACAACACAUGUGAAUUAGAUUCUCUCAAAAACUAUUUCAAGUGUACGAAAGACAAUCGAUGUAUUUCUCGUCAUCUUGUCGGAAAUCGUGUGUGUGACUGUAUUGAAUAUUUAGCUGGUUUGUGUGAAGAUGAACAUUCAGAUUCUGACUUGUCGAGAAAGAAAAUUUCAUUUCAGACAAUCGGUGACGGUUUCACGAAACUCUUACCAAUACUGAUCGAUGGACAAAAUCAAACAGAUGAAACUGAAUGUGAACAAUGGCUAUGCAAUAAUACUUAUACACGCUGUAAUGGUAUAUGGAAUUGUCUCGAUGGAGCCGAUGAAGUCGAUUGUGAUCGAUCACCAAUCAUCAAUUGUCCAUUGUAUCAUCACAUUUGUAUCUCACUGAACAAUACUCAAUUCAUGUGUCUAUCGAUUGAAAAAGCCAACAAUGGCCAAAUCGAUUGUCUUGGUGGUACUGAUGAACCAAAAUUAUGUCGAUCCAAUGAUCAUAUACCCAGCAAAAAUUAUUUUUAUUGUGAACAAGAAAACAAAGGAAUAUGUCUCUCAACAAUGUAUCUAUGUUGGGUAAGUGAAAAUGAAAAUAAUGAUGUAUUACAGCACGAUUGUUUGCGUAUUGAUGUUUUAAAUAAAGAAGAAAAUGUUAGUCGUGAAAUAAUAUUUUAUUGUAUGAGUGAAUUACCAUCGAAAUUUCAUAUAGAAAAAACUGAUUUUUUUCCAAAAUUUACUUUUGAUCAACUUUCAAAACAAAAUAUAACAAGUCAACAAUUAUAUCUUUGGUCAACACCAAUAGAUAUUAUUGAAGAUUAUCAAUUCUAUUUAAAUCAAUUAUCAAUAUCAGAUGAUUUAGUGUUAUCAAAAAAAAUCUUUUAUAAUUGUACAUUACCAAGAUUUGGUUCCAUGUGUCAAUAUGAAAUUGAUUAUUAUCAUUCAAAUUAUAUGUCUUUAUCUGAAAUGAUUAAUGAUUUCUAUCAUAUUUAUAAAUAUAAUCCAACUAAUUUUACUUGUUAUACUCAUUUACAAUGUAAUCGUGGUAAUUCUCCAGCAUGUUUAGAUUGGACUGAAAUUUGUAAUGAACAAAUUGAUUGUCUUGAUGGUGGAUUUGAUGAAGAAUAUUGUUGGCAACUUGAAAUAAAUGAAUGUAAUGAAAAUGAAUAUCGAUGUACAAAUGGACAAUGCAUAGCAAAAUCGUUUUUUCAAGAUGAUAUUUAUGCUCCUGAUUGUCUUGAUGGUUCUGAUGAAAUUCAAAAAUCUUUUGUCAUAAAAGCUACUUGUUUUCAAGAGAUGCCAUCAUUUAAAUGUGAAGAUGUAACAUGUAGGAUUUCACCUUUAACAAGUUCUUGUAUGAAGAAACGUGAAAAAUUAAUAUUCCAAAGCAUGCAUUCUAUCAAAGAUAAUUCAACAUAUAAUGAAUGUUGGUCUGCAUUCCAAUGUCUUAUUGUUCAUUUACGAGAUCGAGUUGAUUCAAAUUGUAAUAAUGUUUGUACAUACGAUAUGUGUUAUGAAAUCAUUGAACAUGAUUGUCCAGAUAUGUUGUAUAUCCCAACUAUUCCAGUUCUAUUUGGUGAUAUUUAUUUUGCUUAUGAAAAAUAUAAUUCAACAAUGUUGAACCGUCAGACAUUUCUAUUUCCCUAUAUAUGCUAUAAUAAUUCACGUUAUGAUAAUUAUUUUGUCGAAGAUUCAAAUAUGGUAUACAAUUAUUCAACUGUAUUAUUCAAUAAUCUAACGUGUCAUCGUCGUAUUAUACCAGUAAUACUUUCGCAAAUCACUGUCACUUCAUUAUCUCGAUUAUAUUUACAAGAAUUACAGCCAAAACUUUGGCGAUACCAUGAAAUUCAUAAUUAUAAUUCUUCAAUUUGUAAUAGAUCGAAUAUGCAUCAAUGUUCCAAUUCAUUGAAAUGUAUUUCUACACAUCGUCUCAUGAAUGGUGUAAAUGAUUGUCCUAAUAGUGAUGAUGAAAAUAAAAUUUCGAUCAAUUAUACUGUUUCAACAGAAGAAAUUAUAAAUACAGAUGAAGUGGAUGAUGAAGAAACAAAAAUGAAAAUUCGAUAUGCAAGAAAACAUAUUUCAUUCCAAAUAAUUUGUGAUGGAUUUACUGAAUUAUUACCAAUAGCAAUAAAUGGACAAAAUGAAACAGAUGAAACUGAAUGUGAACAAUGGUCAUGUAAUAAUAUUUAUACUCAUUGUAAUGGUUUAUGGAAUUGCCUUAAUGGUGCAGAUGAAAUUGAUUGUGAUUUAUCAUCAUCAUCAUCAUCAUCAUCAUCAUCAAAUUAUUCUUCAGAUCAUCACAAAUGUGUUUCACCUGAUACAAAUCAAUUUAUUUAUUUAUCUAUUAACAAAGCAAAUGAUGGCAAAGUUGAUUGUCUUGGAGCUAUAGAUGAACCAACAUUAUGUCGCACAGAGUAUCGAGUAACUUAUAACUAUAAUUUUUAUUGCAUAAAUCAAAGCUCGAUACCAUGUAUCGAUGCGCAAUAUCUAUGUAAUAAUAUUAAUAAUUGUUAUUAUGGAGAUGAUGAACAAUUUUGUAUAACAAAUCGAACACCUCAUAUAUAUAGUAGUCUUUGUUGGUCGAUGGACUUAUUAUUCGGUUCAGAUGUCGAGAAGUUUUUAUGCAAAAAAAUGGAUAGUUUUAAAAAAGAACCAGUUAUAUAUUUUACACUUGAUGGGAUGAACAAUUCGGUCAAAGCUCUAACAAAUAAUAUAGAAAAUGAAGUAUCUUCAAGUUUACCUCUUCUUGAAAAAUCUGAUCAAUAUCAACCUCGUUGUCAUCGUGGUAUUGAUUUACGUGUUUGGUUAAAUAAUAAAAAUAAUAUAACCAGAAAUACAUGUCUCUGCCCACCUAGUUAUUAUGGUGACAAAUGUCAAUAUCAAAAUCAACGAAUAAAUUUAUCAAUUAAACUUCGAGCAUUAUCUAAUUCAUGGCAAAUACCAUUUGCAAUUGUUAUUUUAUUAAUUGAUGAUAAUAAUGAACAAAUAAUUCAUUCAUAUGAGCAAUUUACUUAUUUAUCAAUGAGAGAUUGUAAAAUUAAAUUUAAUAUUUAUUUAGUUUAUUCAAAUCGACCAAAAAAUCAAACAAAAAAUUACGGAAUACAUAUUAAUAUUUAUGAAAAAAUUUCAUUAAAUUAUCGAGGAAGUUUAUUUUUUCCAAUUAAAUUUUCAUUUUUACCUGUUCAUCGUUUAUCAUUAAUAAUUGAUAUUCCAAGUGAUAAUAUUAAUAUUGAAAGUUGUUCAAAUAAUCCAUGUACUAAUGGUAAAUGUAUUAAAUAUUUGAAUAAUAAACAAAAUAAAAUAUUUUGUCAAUGUAAUGAAGGAUGGUCUGGAGGUUAUUGUACAAUUGAACAUUCUUCAAGGUGUUCACCUGAUUCAUUAUAUAUUGGUGUUUCUUCUAAUAAUCAAUCAAUAUGUAUUUGUCCUAUUAAUAAAUUUGGUUCUCGAUGUCUUCUGAACAAUACGAUUUGUCAAAAUAAUGAAAAUUUAGCAUGCCAAAAUGGUGGUCAAUGUAUUCCUACAGAUGAAUAUAUGAUAUCGAAUAAAAAAUUUGUAUGUAUUUGUCGAAAAGGUUAUACUGGAGAUCGAUGUGAAAUAGAUGAUAAUAAAAUAAUUUUAUCAUUUGAAAAAAAUAUUUUUUUAUCCCAAUUAAUAUUUAUUCAUUUUAUUGAAGUUAUCAAUAAUAAUAGACCAAUAAGAUCGACUACAUUUCAAACAAUUCCUGUUAAACAAGAUUUUAUUACAAUUUUUUGGUCAAGACCAUUUCAUAUUGUUUUUAUUGAAUUUUUAAAAAAAAAAUAUUAUUUAUCUAUUGUUCAAAAUGUUUAUAAUCAAUCAAUAAUAAUUAAGAAAAUGAUAAAUCCAUCAGAUCGUUGUCAACAUAUAAAUGAAAUAUUUAAUGAAAGCAUUGCUAAAUUAGAUCUUAUUCGUCGUAUAAAAUAUUAUCAUUUACCAUGUCAAAUAUCAACAUUAAAUCUUUCUUGUUUUUAUGAUGAUAUUCAUCUUUGUUUAUGUUAUGAUUAUUAUAAACAACGUCUUGCUAAUUGUUUUGAAUUUGAUCAUAAUAUGACAUUUGAUUGUUUAGGUCAAAGUAUUUGUCAAAAUGGAGGAAAAUGUUUUCAAGAUACUCCAAAUUGUCCAAAAAAAUCAAUGUGUGUUUGUUCUUCAUGUUUUUAUGGAACACAAUGUCAGUUUAGUACAAGUGGAUUUGGUUUAUCACUUGAUGCUAUUUUAGGUUAUCAUAUUAUACCAAAUGUUAGUAUCAAACAUCAAUCAACUAUUGUAAAAACAAGUUUAGUAUUGAAUAUUAUCUUUAAUAUAGCUGGUUUUAUUAAUGGUAUUCUUGCUAUGAUAACAUUUAAAAAUAAAAUUAUACGUGAAGUUGGUUGUGGUAUGUAUUUAUUAGGUUCAUCAAUAACAACUAUACUUACAAUGAUUUUAUUCGGAUUAAAGUUUUGGAUACUUAUUCUUUCACAAAUGGCAUUCAUAUCAAAUCGAACAUUCUUACAUAUUCAAUGUAUUUCUCUUGAUUUUCUUCUACAAUUAUGUCGUAAUAUGGAUCAAUGGUUAAAUGCUUGCGUAGCCAUUGAACGAGCAUUUACAAUAAUAAAAGGUACUAGUUUUCAAAAGAAAAAAAGUAAACAAGCAGCUAAAAUAAUCAUUGUUACUCUUAUUAUUUUUAUCAUAAGUACGUCGGUUUACGAUCCUUUUUAUCGACGUUUAAUUGAUGAAGAAAAUGAUAGUGAAAUGAGAACAUGGUGUAUUAUUACUUAUUCAACUAGUUUACAAGUAUUUAAUUCUAUGAUGCAUACUUUUCACUUUUUUGCUCCAUUUGUGAUCAAUUUAAUAUCAGCUUUUAUUCUGAUAACAAAGAAAUCUCAUCAACAAUCAAAUUUUCAAACUAAUCGAACUUACAAUCAACUUUUACGAGAACAAUUUCAUGAACAUAAAAAAUUAUUUAUUGCUCCAGUUAUAUUAGUCAUUCUUGCAUUACCACGUCUAAUAAUAUCUUUUGUAUCGAAAUGUAUGAAAUCAACAAGUGAUUCAUGGUUAUUUCUUAUUGGAUAUUUUAUUUCAUUUAUUCCAUCUAUGCUUACUUUUGUUAUAUAUAUAUUACCAUCAAAUUUUUAUAAAGAACAAUUUCAUAAGAGUAUUUCUCAAUAUCGAACUAAAAUACGAGGAUAUUUGCAGAUUAUUUCAUCAAGAUAA